AUGACGAGCCUCCAGAGUCUUCCGGCGGAGGUUAUUCUCCGAAUCUUCCAAUCGUUGGAUAACAUCGACGAUGCGCUCCGUCUGGGACGUUCCUGUCGUCAGCUGUGUCGUAUCCUUGACCGUCCAGGUCAUCGGCACACGAUCAUGAAGUCGAUUAUUCAACGCUCGGAAUAUCACAAACACGACCUCCAGCUCUCCCAACUGACGCAAUUCCAUGCGGACUGCACUGAAAUCUACGGAACACAACCGCGGCUGCCAAUGUCCCGCCGACCGGACACGGACAUGGUCAAGUCGUUUCAUGAACCGUCAGCAGAUCUCCUCGCAUCGCCGCUGGUCGUGGCGGAGAUCGUCACCAGGUGGCAUGCAAUGAAGGUAUUGUUUGAUAUCUACUGCAAAAAGUCCGUUCGCUCGUCGUAUCUGGCGGACUGGGAGACAUCAUGGAACUGCUCUCCAGAAAUCGCCGGGAAAAAUGAAACCGCUGGCCCAUUUACUAAAGAUAUUUGCGAAUCUUUUGCGCAACUUCCGCUGCAAGAGAAGCAGCUGGCCUACGAGCGAUUUUACCGUGCUCUCACGGCCCAUUGGGUCGCCGUGGAGCUGACCUGGGUGAUCCGGGUCUCCAAGCACAAAACGGAGAGAGAGUUCAACCGGUGGGAAAGGAAAGUCUACGAUCGAUGGUCCAACAACCCAGGACGUUCCCUCGAGGAGAAGCUUGACAUCUUUGAGGUUCUGGACUUUGUAUGGUACUUCCUGGUGAGCCAGAUAUUUGACCACUCAGGAACUGUUGCCGACUGGAUUGAGGUGACGCCGGAGUCUGCGACGCCGCACGGCUUUUCUCCUCUCGAUCUAUACGUUUCGCACAUGGGGGGCUUAAGACAUCCCUCCCGAUUGCAACUAGAUUUUCACGAAGCGCUCGAAGACGACUGCACGGGUAUGUUUAUAGACGAUCUGCGAUCCAUCAUCCGUCCACCUCACGUGAUCGAACUUCUGCUGCGAUUAGCCUGGGAUCCAAAAUCCCAGUCCGGCUUUGACCGGCCGCAAUAUGUGUGCAAGCUGGGCGUCUUGGACCAGACUUACCAGUGGCAACAAACAGAGGCAGACGGGUUUCGGACAUACCAUGUUACCAUGUAUGACAUUGAUCUCCCGGAUAGAGAUAUUCUGUCGAGCCUGACAGCUACUGCAUUUCGUGCAAAAGCCGAGGAAUUGUGGCAUCUAACCACAGUGGACUAUACCGACAGCACAAUGAACGAGAUGCAAUUGGAGUUAUGCAGGGAACAAUGGGAAUGUUACAAGGAGGAUUCCUGGGAUACCGAGAUGAGAGGGGAGAUUUUCUUCCGCCAAGAGACACAGAUCCAACUAUUUGAGCGCAUAAUCGACCUUGAGGGGUAA